AUGUGUGUUUGAAGCAGCAGCUAGCCACCUUUUCCUUUCUUAUUUUUCUCACUGCCUUCAGUUAAAGUAUCUAGCUAGAUAGGGAAUUCUGGUGUUUUCCAUGGUUAAACCAGAGCAGAAACUUGGACAUGCUAAGUGGUGGACUGUUCUAUAAAAAGGGAGUUGCAGUGAUAUAUUUGAAGGCAUCUGGUUUGAUCAAGAGAGAUAGCACACGCACGCACACGUCACGAGAUGAGUAAGAUCAGCAACUUGAGUUCUGUAAGCAGUUCUGAUCUCAUAGAUGCCAAGCUUGAAGAGCAUCAAUUGUGCGGAUCCAAGCAGUGUCCCGGUUGCGGACACAAGUUUGAAGGGAAGCCGGACUGGCUAGGCUUGCCAGCAGGAGUGAAGUUUGAUCCCACAGACCAAGAACUGAUAGAACAUCUUGAAGCCAAAGUGGAGGCAAAGAACAUGAAAUCACACCCUUUGAUAGAUGAGUUCAUUCCAACCAUUGAAGGAGAAGACGGAAUCUGUUAUACCCAUCCAGAGAAACUUCCAGAUUUUUAG